AAAUCCAAUCGAUAAGACCCUAUUGAUAUUCGGAGUUCGGACUAUAAACCGGCAAUCCGAUUGAAUUCGAUCCCGUUUGCAGUUUCCUUCAGUCCUUCUCUUACACAAACCAAACCAGCACAAAUCCAAUAUAUUUCACUGCUCGGUCUCAGCGAGAGACGAUAGUUAUACAAAGACCACGCACGCACGUUAGUAAUUGGCUAAUUUGCUCCCGGUUGACACAUAAAUUUUCUGAUCAUCUAUCUAUCGGUUUUUUGGCGGCAAACAGGGAGGAACUGCAAGCAAGAUCAGCAUGGGUGUUCAAGGACUCUGGGAGCUUCUGGCUCCCGUUGGCCGCCGCGUUUCAGUCGAGACCCUCGCCGGAAAGAGGCUCGCUAUAGACGCAAGUAUUUGGAUGAUACAGUUCAUGAAAGCGAUGCGAGAUGAAAAGGGGGAAAUGGUGAGGAACGCUCACCUCAUAGGGUUCUUCCGCCGCAUUUGCAAGCUACUCUUCCUCCGCACCAAGCCCGUUUUUGUCUUUGAUGGUGGUACACCUGCCCUCAAGCGUCGCACCGUCAUAGCCCGUCGUCGGCAGCGAGAUAUUGCUCAGGCGAAGAUCCGAAAAACCGCUGAGAAAUUGCUACUCAAUCAUCUUAAGGCAAUGAAACUUAAAGAACUGGCCGAGGAUAUUGAAAAACAGAAACAAAAUAAUGACUCAAAGGGCAAAAAUGUUGUACCGGAUCACAUUAAUACGACAGAGAACAUUGCCACAAAUGAUACGCUCGCUGGUGGUUACAAUCAGGAAAGUUUGGAUGAGUUGUUGGCAGCAUCCAUUGCAGCAGAGGAAGAUGGGAGUCUCACUAUCAAUGCAUCUACUUCUAUUGGUGGCAUUCCUCCUGAGGAAGAUGACAGUGAUGACGAGGAAAUGAUGCUUCCAAUAAUGCAUGGGAAUGUUGAUCCAGCUGUAUUGGCUGCUCUGCCUCCAUCCAUGCAACUUGAUCUUCUUGUUCAGAUGAGAGAGAGGUUGAUGGCAGAAAAUAGGCAGAAGUACCAAAAGGUUAAAAAGGCCCCUGCAAAAUUUUCUGAGCUACAAAUACAAGCUUAUCUAAAAACUGUGGCUUUCCGUCGAGAGAUAGAUGAAGUGCAGAAAUCAGCUGCUGGAAGGGGAAUUGGUGGGGUGCAGACUUCACGGAUAGCUUCUGAAGCCAAUAGAGAAUUCAUAUUUUCAUCGUCAUUUACCGGCAACAAAGAGAUGCUCACAUCAGCUGGAGUCAACCAAACUGGAGGAGGCCUGGAAAACCAGACUGUAGGGAAUGGGUCCAGUUUCUUAAAUUCUGUGAAUUGUUCUUCUGCUGCUCAUUGUAAUUCAGCAAUGGGAUCUGCCGUGGGUGAUUCUGAAAGGGGUUUUGAAGAUGAUGUUGAGACAUAUCUUGACGAGAGGGGAUGUGUGCGUGUUAGCAGACUAAGAGCCAUGGGCAUUCGUAUGACCCGAGAUCUACAGCGGAAUUUGGAUUUGAUGAAAGAGAUUGAACAGGAAAAGAUGAGAGAAAAGAAUUUUGCAAAAUCAGAUUCUAUUGUCAAUGAAGUACUUCGUAUCCAAGAAAAUACUGUAAAAAAUAACCAACAUGGAGAAGCUUCAAAUGUAGGAAAUAACCUAAUUGGUGAAAAGGGUAUAUUGCCACAGGGGGACAAUCAUCAUCUUCAUGAACAUUCUAUACUUGGAAAUGGAAAUACCAUGGUGAUAUCCUUUGAAGACGAUGUUAGGGAAGAGCAUGCAGGAGAUGCUAAUGAUGAUGAUGUAUUUGCUCGUUUAGUAGUGGGGGAUUCAGUAAUGAUUCCUUAUACUGCAAUUACUUCUUCAGAAAAACAGCCUUGUGAUGUAGAUUCAGAUUGUUCUUGGGAGGAAGGAAAUGUCAAAGAUGUUAAUAAGGGAAGUCAUGAAUGUUUUUCCGAAAGCAAUAUUAAUGACGAUAGUGAACUAGACUGGGAAGGAGUUUGCAAUUAUCCUGAAAAUGUUUCUCCACCCCCAACUGAGAAUAAGAAAACUGUUUCAAAAGGUUGUUUAGAAGAAGCAGCUGAGAUCCAAGAAGCAAUAAAGAGAAAUCUUGAGGAUUUCAGAAAAGAGAAGCCUACUGGUAUGCAUCCUGCAAAUAUUGAAAUUACUACUCAAGAUACAGCAUUUGAGUUUCCUGCUCAAGUUUUGGAUCUUGUAAAAGACACAGUUGACUCCCUUAAAUUGCCAUUAGAAUCUAAUAAUCAACAAAUUCAAUCUUCAUAUGGGGCUGCUGGCGAAUUUGAAAAGCUGAAUAAUGUGGUUUCAAAAGAUGUCCCACCAAGUAAUGAUACUCCAAUGGGGCAAUUGUCAUCAUCCAUGGCUCUAGGAGAAACUAAUGAGAAGGAAACUUUGACUGAUGAAUUGUACCUAGUACCUGGCCUUCAAUCUUUAAGUCAAGAAGAGAGUGAAAAAAGGAGGUUUUCUCUAGAGAAAUCAAAUAUAGGUCCAGUUAGUCCCAUUGAGCCAAAGGAAAUCCAUUUGGCUUCUGACAAGAAGUUUGAUGCUUUUGAUGAUGGUGGUGCUUUAGCUAGUGUCACAGAAGCCAUGGAUGGUUCUUCUAGGGAUGAUUCUCAUGUUUCUGCAACAGAAUUAAYGGUUAUGCCUGAUGAUAGUCUUGUUGGUGCUGCCCAGCAUGAAUGUGGACCUGUUCCAUGUUCUUCCCAUGAGGUCAAUGAAAACAUCAUUCCUCGGGAGGAAAUUUCUGUGGAGAAAAUGGAAAAUGAUGUUGAAAUAAAGAACAAUCCAGUUACGGAUGAAAAGUAUGAUGCUUUUUCUGAUGGAAGAACACCUUAUAGAGAUAAAUCUGUGAUUGAGGACAACAUGGAAGUCCAUAUUGAAGCCUCUAGGGCUAUUCUGGAUGAUGAAAUGCAAACUUUAAGUCAAGAACGUAUGCAUCUAGGAGAGGAACAGAGAAAGCUUGAACGUAAUGCAGAGUCUGUCAGUGGUGAGAUGUUUGCAGAAUGUCAGGAGUUGCUGCAAAUGUUUGGCUUACCAUAUAUUAUUGCACCCAUGGAAGCAGAAGCCCAAUGUGCAUAUAUGGAACUAGCUAACCUUGUUGAUGGUGUUGUAACUGAUGACUCUGAUGUUUUUCUGUUUGGUGCACGAAGUGUUUACAAGAAUAUAUUUGAUGAUCGUAAAUAUGUCGAAACAUAUUUUAUGAAGGAUAUUGAAAGUGAGCUUGGGUUGACCAGAGAAAAAUUGAUACAUAUGGCCUUACUUCUUGGAAGUGAUUAUACUGAAGGAAUCAGUGGGAUUGGAAUUGUUAAUGCUAUUGAAGUUGUACAUGCAUUUCCUGAGGAAGAUGGCCUCCAGAAAUUCAAGGAAUGGCUUGAAUCUCCCGAUCCAUCUAUUCUAGAAAAGUUUGAUGCUCACUCUGAAUCCAGUUCAAGGAAGAAAUUGUUAAAAGUAAAUAAGAAUGAUGUAAAUUACUUGGAAGGCAGAGUGCAAGAGGGCCCUGCAUUUGAUGGGAGUGUCCCCCAAGGUCAAAAUGAUAGGCAAUCCAUGGAUAACAUCCAAAACAUAAAACAGAUCUUUAUGAACAAACAUAGAAAUGUGAGCAAGAACUGGCAUAUCCCUUCAUCUUUUCCUAGUGAGAUGGUUGUUUCUGCAUAUGCCUCUCCACAAGUGGACAAAUCUACAGAACCUUUCUCAUGGGGGAAGCCAGAUUUAUUUGCCCUUCGCAAACUCUGCUGGGAAAAGUUUGGGUGGAGUAACCAGAAAGCUGAUGAAUUGCUACUUCCUGUUUUAAAGGAAUAUAAUAAGCAUGAGACUCAACUGCGGUUGGAAGCAUUCUAUACAUUCAAUGAGAGAUUUGCUAAAAUUCGCAGUCAAAGAAUUAAAAGAGCUGUGAAGGGAAUAACAGGAAACCGAACCUCAGAGUUGGAUGAUCUUCUGUGUGAAGCUUCAAAAGUUAAAAACAGAAGUAGGGUGAACCCCCUCCCUGAGGAAAAGAGAUCCAAUAUCUCUUUAAAUGGAAAUGGCGAUUCUUCAGCAGAAUUACCAUCCAAGUGGCCACGGAGAAGAGGAACGGAGAGUAAAUCUGCCCCAUCUGAAGUAACAAAUUCUGCACCACCUUUCCAAAUGGACAGCAAGAAAUCUACCAAGAAAAGAUUGAAGAGAGAUACAGGAGGAAGACAGAAAGGCAAGGGAGCAGGAAGAGGAAGGGGAAAACAAGCACCUAACCAUGAUGCAAUUGAAACCAGCUCUACUGAUAGCGACAAUAGCUGGGAUGAACAGGAGAUGCAAGUUGAGAAGACAGAGGGGUUGCCUGCAGUACGCAGGUCAACUCGACUGAAGAAGCAGGUAGAAUAUGCAGUUAAAGAUUUAGAGAUUGAUGGCCUUGGUGAGUCAUCAGAAAGAACAAGAGAAGAAUUUACAACUGAAGAGACAGUAGAGCAAGAAACAUCUGCCGAAGAAAACAUGUUUGGAGAUAUUGCUCAUGGGGUCGAGGAAAGGAAUCAAUGUGAUCAGAGCAAUCCUUCACUCAAAGAUGGUUCCUGUAGGGACUACCUUGAAAUGGGAGGUGGGUUUUGCAUGGACAAAACUGAAGGGUUUCUUAUGGAUGAAGCUGGAACAGAAAACAGGUCAACUCAAUUUGGUUCAAGCCUGAAUAGAUCUUCUAACCCUGAUGGGGAUUUUUCACCUAUAGAUGGAACCUGCGGAGACUACCUCAAAAUGGGAGGUGGAUUUUGUAUUGAUGAAUGUGAUCCAGAUACACCAAUUGACUCGGUUUCUAGCCCCACAAGAAGCUUAGAAGGACAUCUUAGUGGAGAGAGGAAGAUGGAUGCUGUUCAUAUUACUCAAAGUUUAGACUGUUUGAAUACCAGGAUGGAUGAUGACUCGGGGAUCUUAGGUGUGUCUCUGGAGGGCCAUCAACCGGAUGUGCAAGACCAAAAAGAUGAUUCUCGUCCGACAUCCAUCAGUGUCAGUGGUUUAAGUGCUAUGCCUUUCUUGAGAAAAAGGCGGAGGACCUAAAAAAUGUAUAUUUUCUUCAAGAUGGUCCACUCCUGCGUAGUCUAUGCAGGUCGUGCAGAUACACUCGUACACCAUCUCUUUCGGGUUAUAUUUAUGUACAGUAACUCCGACAUGUAUUUAUUCAAUUAGGGUGCAAGAUAUUUCCGGUGCAGUUGCCUAUGCUUUGCCCAAGUUUUGACAUGGAGUAAGCUAGGAUGAAGUAACGAAGGAAAUACAAUUUUACAUCGAGACAGGAACUUGGAGAUGGUGUCACUUCUAUUUUCCUUUUUGAGGGCUAAUCAGGGCAUAUCCUAAUUUUGAUGAAGGGGGAACAUCCUUUUCAAAAAGUCACUUUUGGCCUAUUCCUCGUAUGCCCUCCUAGUAAAAAAGUGGGGGAAUUAGGCUUGCCUUGAUUUUGAUUUUUGAAUCAACCUGGUUCUCCCUGAGUUUGAUAAUUGCAAUGGUAGGUUCUUUAUUAUAUUCUAGCUU